CCCACUUCUCAUUUCUCAACGUCUCUCUCUCUUCUUCCCUCUCUCACCCAUUCGAACCUCUCGAACCUCUCUCCCUCCUCUCUUCAGUCAAUCACUGCUAAUCUGCUGUCGAUCGAUAGGGUCUGCUUCAUCGUCAGAGUUUGGAAACAAUGAAAGGGGACAAAGUGAAUGCAGAAAACCAUUUCUUGGGAAGCAUUUCAGCCCAGUCGAUCCGUAACCUUUUUCCUAGAUCCGCCUCUCAUAAGCAGAAGAUGAAGUCCAGCCUUUCAAAAUCAAAAUCCGGAGGAGAAAACACUCCACGGCCAGAUCCCAAUGUUCAACACAUCAUUACUUGCCCAAUCUCCCCUGUGGUUGCCAAAAAAUCACUGUCAAAAUCGGUGACUUUCCAGAAAGAGAGCUCCCGAUCUGAAGUUCAAGAAGAAGCUAGGCUUCCCUCUGAUCCGUCAGUUAAGGUUGUAGUGAGAAUCAGGGCAGAUAUUGGGCAAGAAAAACAAAAAGCUUUGGCUAUUCGGAGGGUUUCUUCCAAUUCAUUAUCAGUUGGAGACCGAUUAUUUAGCUUCGAUGAUGUUGUUGAUUCAAGUUCUUCUCAGGAAGAAUUUUUUAAGUUAGUAGGCGUACCACUAGUGAAAAACUCAUUGGCAGGUUUCAACACUUCUAUUUUGUCAUACGGUCAGACGGGAAGUGGGAAGACUUACACCAUGUGGGGUCCACCGAGUGCCAUGGUUGAAGGCCAUUCCUCUUCUACUCACCAGGGCAUUGUCCCUCGAGUUUUUCAGAUGCUGUUCUCUGAAAUACGUAGAGAGCAAGCGAAUUCUGAGAAGCAGAUAAAUUACCAAUGUCGUUGUUCUUUUCUAGAGAUAUACAACAAUCAGAUUGGUGAUUUACUUGAUCCAACACAACGGAACCUUGAGAUAAGGGAUGAUGCCAAGAAUGGAUUCUGUGUUGGGAAUCUAACUGAGGAAUAUGUGACCAACUAUGAGGAUAUAACACAAAUAGUGAUUAAGGGACUUUCAAACAGAAAGGUUGGCGCAACGAGUAUAAAUUCCAAGGGCUCUCGAUCUCAUAUUGUUUUCACUUGUGUUGUUGAUUCCUGGAGCAAGGGUACCUCGUCAAAAUGCUUCAAAAGCUCAAAGACAAGCAGAAUCAACCUCAUUGAUCUUGCUGGAUCAGAAAGAAAUAAACUUGAUGAUGCUGGUAGACAGUAUGUAAAGGAAGGCAAACAUGUAAAGAAGUCUCUAUCACAGCUUGGGAAAUUGGUGAAUAUUCUGGCAGAAGAUGCUCAAUCAGGAAAAUCUCAAAAUAUCCCAUACAGAAAUUCCUGUUUAACACACUUACUAAGGGAAUCACUCGGUGGCAAUGCCAAACUCACAGUUAUUUGUUCCAUUUCUCCAGAUGACAGAUGCAGAGCUGAAACACUGAGCACAUUAAGAUUUGGACAGCGAGCAAAAGCAAUUCAGAAUAUGCCAGUGAUAAAUGAAAUAACAGAGGGCGAUGUUAAUGGUCUGAGUGAUCAGAUACGUCAAUUGAAGGAAGAACUUAUAAAAGCAAAGUCAGAUGCAUACUGCUCAAUUGAGACAAAGAGGGGAUACUUUAAAGGACAAAAUGCGCGUGAUAGCUUGAACCAAUUGAGGUUAAGUAUAAACCGUUCUUUGAUCUUACCCCACAUAGAUAAUGAUAUUGAGGACGAUAUAAAUGUUGAUGAGAAAGAUGUGAGGGAACUGAGAGACCAGCUGGACAUUGUGCAUAGUUCCUGCAAGAACGAUUCAAGAGAGCCACCUGACGACAAAGAUUGCAUCCAGUUCUCUUCCGUGGAAGAAAGUUCUGAGCUUGACAUUUCCAGUGAACUGAUAGAAGAAAGCGAAAUUGAAGAACUACCUUCUGGUGAAAAUGAUGGGUAUGUGGAGAACUUUCUUGCUUGCCCGGAAACUGCAAGUAUCACUAACUCUGCAAUUAGCAGUCUUUUAAUCAGACCAGGCCAACUAUCUCCAGUCCUUGAAGGCCCAACUUUGUCUGAAUCACCUAAAAUUGCGGACACCUUAAAGAAAAGCAUACCCGCCUCAUCAAACCUUCUUGCCAGUCAGAAUUGUGGGACAGAGAAUCCUAAGUUCAAUCCAGAUGUCCAAAGACAAUCACUUAAAGUAACUUAUCAUAAGCACUCUUCUUUGCGGUCAAGCAAGAUAUUUGCAGGCCCCACAGAGUCCUUGGCUAACAGCCUUCAGAGGGGCUUGCAGAUUAUUGACUAUCAUCAGAGAAUCUCAGCGUCAAAUAAAUCUUCAGUUUCCUUAUCAUUUGAACAUUUGACACUGAAACAAUUUCAAGCAGUAGAAAAGGAUGAUGCUGGAGUUCAGAAUGAGCCAGAAGUGCAAAAUCUGGAGACACAAAAAUCUGCUUCUUUCCUGUGUACAUCUUGCAAAAGAAUGGGAUUCAGUGGCUCUAGUCAAGUCCAGGAUAGCUUCAACACGUGGAUUGUCCCAUUUAAUGGAGCAGUGCCUCAUGAGGGGCCUAAAGAUGCUGAAAAGCUUUUGGAAGAAGCCAGAAAGAGGGAGAAGGAUCUUGAAAGCCUUUGUGCAGAACAAGCAUCUAAAAUUAAGCAACUAAAUUGUCUGGUUGAGCAAUACAGAUGUGAGAGAGAAAAUAAUUCCAUCGUGCGACAAAGUCAGGAGAUUGAAACUUGUCAGGUUAAGCCCUUGGAAAAUGAAGUUGUACCAAGUGAGGAACUCGAAACUGGUGGUUGCUCAUUGUUAGAGAACAAAAUCAAGCUUCAGGAAGAGUUGGAUCCUGAGUACAGAAAUACAUUCUUUAGCACGAGUGAGAGGGAAGUGCUUCUGAAGCAAAUUCAAAGUUUACGAAGCCAGUUGCAGUCAUUUAUGGAUGCAGCUUCUAAUGAGCCCUCUGAAAAAAAGAAUAGCUUUCACUCAUUGUCACUUAUUGCGGAUACGCAAGGUAAGAGUGAGGAAGAAAUUGAGAAGGAAAGGCAGAAGUGGACAGAGAUGGAAAGUGAGUGGAUUUCAUUAACUGAUGAGUUAAGAAUUGAUCUCCAAGCAAACCGUCAGCAUGCAGAAAAGGUCGAGGCAGAGUUGAGAAUGGAGAAGAACUGCACGCAGGAGUUGGAUGAUGCACUGAGCAGGGCCGUCCUUGGCCAUGCUAGAAUUAUUGAACACUAUGCAGAACUGCAAGAGAAGCAUAAUGAAUUGCUUGAAAAACAUAGAAGAAUCAUGGAAGGAAUUGCAGAGGUGAAGAAGGCAGCUGUAAAGGCAGGAGGCAAGGGUAAUGCACGCUUUGUCAAAUCACUUGCUGCAGAGCUCUCAGCGUUGAGAGUAGAGAGGGAAAGAGAAAGGGAACAACUGAAGAAAGAGAACAGAAGUCUUAGAAUUCAACUUAGAGAUACUGCAGAAGCAGUUCAUGCAGCUGGAGAACUCCUUGUGAGGCUGAGAGAGGCAGAGGAAGCUGCAUCAAUUGCAGAAGAGAACUCUACAAGAGCUCAGGAAGAGAUUGAGAAGUUAAAGAAGCAAAUGGAGAAAGUGAAGAGAAAGCACAAGAUGGAGAUGGUCACAAUGAAACAGUAUCUUGCAGAGAGCCGGUUGCCGGAAUCUGCAUUGCAACCACUAUACCAUCAGGAUUCUGAUUUAGCUGAUCACUACUCCUCAACAGCAUUUCCCAAUGAUGAUCAAGCAUGGAGAGCUGAAUUUGGACCAAUAUUUCAGGACUGCAGAGACCUGCAGUAGAGUUAACAAGCACAACAGAACACAGAAAAAAAAACUAAUGCAUGGAAGGGACCCUACUUGGGUCCAAAUCACAUGCAUAGAAGUCCCAAAUUUUUGGCUUUCAUUUGGUUCACUGUGGUGGUAUUUGCAUUUCUUUUGAUUGUUUCAGAUUCUCUAAAUAAUGAUAUCUUAUUUUUACCUUA